CUUGCUCGGCAUCUCUGGUGCUGGCUGCAUGUGACUGCUGGUAGCGUUCAUGUGCCUAUCUGGAUCAAAGCCCUGGUCCGGCAUCGCGUUCCCUGCUGCAGUUCCCCACAGAGGCACAUAAAAAUCAGUGAAAAAACAAGUAAAAAAUUUUUCUUCCAAUGCCCGUCAUACAUUUUCUGGGACAAAGUGUACGGCAUAGCAGGUCUGGAAAAAAAAAAAACCCCUCAGGUGCUACAAGCUUGCCUCCUGCUGAACGUUUGAAGUCUGACUCUUGUACUUGACAGGGCACUAGGCAGUCUCCCUCACCAGCCUGGCUCCCUGCUGUAUCUGAACUGAAAAGCAUCCGUCCUGUCCCUUCUCAGCUGUGUUCCCCAGCCUGCAAGAUUGCCUUCAUAAUCAGGUUUUAAAAACUAAAGGAAGAUGUCCUUUUUCCCUAAAAUCGUUUUCCAGUAUGAAGUUGAAGAGUAUCUCACCAAAGUGUUCAGAAAUAAUGAGCUUAUCGCUGCUUUAGGUACACAGGAGGCAGAGAAAAAAUACCAAUCUCUCUUAAGUCAUCUAUCUCAUCCACCAGCUUUUACAACUGUAAGAGUAAAUACUCACUUGGCCUCAGUGAAACAUGUGAAAAAAUUGCUGUUUGAAGAGAUCCAGAAGCAAUUUAAAGGACUAUGUGUUCCAGUUCUCGAGCACCCUAAACUUCGGGACAUUUUACUAAUUCCUGUCAUUGGACCCAGGCGAGAUUUAAAAAAACAUGCAUCUGAAGUCAUAGUUGGAGCCCAGUGUGGAUAUGCAGUACUCCGAGGAGCACAUGUUUAUGGUCCUGGAAUUGUAUCUACCUCAAGAUUUGUGAAAGCCGGAGAUCUGGUUUCGGUGUAUUCAGAUAUUGAAGGGAAAUGCAAAAGAGGAGCCAAAGAAUUCGAUGGAGUCAAAGUUUUCCUUGGAAAUGGAAUUUCAGAACUCAGCCGCAGUGAAAUCUUCAGUUCAAGUGGCCAACUGAAAGGGCUGGGCAUAAGAAUGAUAGAGCCAGUCUACCUUAGUCCUUCAUUUGACAAUGUGCUUCCUAGUCAUUUGUUUUUACAGAAUUUACCUUCUGUGGUUGUGAGCCAUAUUUUAAACCCUCAGCCAGGAGAGAAAAUUUUGGAUAUGUGUGCUGCACCUGGAGGAAAAACAACCCAUCUUGCAGCACUAAUGCAUGAUCAGGGUGAAGUUAUAGCCAUGGACAAGAUAGCUAACAAGAUCAAGAAAAUCAAGCAGAAUGCUGGAUUGCUACAGUUGAAUUGCAUUAAGGCCUUUUGCUAUGAUGGAACAAAGGCCCUUUCAGUAGAGAAGAGAGAGGAUAAACAAGAAGGACCUCCAUUCUUACCAGAGUCAUUUGAUCGAAUUCUUCUUGAUGCUCCAUGUAGUGGGAUGGGACAGAGACCAAACAUGGUUUAUUCCUCAACUUUAAAGGAAGUGACCUCAUACCAGCCACUACAGCGCAAGCUUUUCACUGUGGCAGUGGAGUUGCUGAAGCCAGGAGGUGUUUUAGUAUAUAGUACAUGUACAAUUACACUUUCUGAAAAUGAGGAGCAAGUUGCUUGGGCCCUGAAAACUUUUCCAUGCCUCCAGCUUCAUCCACAGGAACCUCACAUUGGAGGAGAAGGCAUGAAGGGAGCUGGGCUAUCACUUGAUCAGCUGAAGCUGCUCCAGAGAUUUGAUCCAUCUGAUGUGACAUUGCGAGGAAUGGAUAUUAAUUCUUUGCAAUGUCUUAGAGAAGAUGACCUGAUUUCUUUGGCAAAUAAAGACUGUAUAGGAUUUUUCAUUGCAAAAUUUAUUAAAUCGAACAGUUAAUAAGGAUUUGGGAAUGCAACCUGAAAAAAUACCUCAGUGAGUCUAAGAACAGUUCAGACAUGAAGUGCCUUUCUUCCUGCUGCAAUGUUACCAAGCCAACGGGCUGACGGCAGGGUUGCUAUGGCAGCACUAAAAUCUGCCAGCUGUUCUGAUGGGAAAGAGCCACAGGUUGCAGCAGAAAAGUUAUGGUUGGGGGAAGGGCAGUAUCAUUUGGAAGUCUCCCUCUGCUUUUGUAUUUACAGCAGGUCAGUGCCUGAAUGACAAUUGUGUUCACUCAUACUGCUGUCUGCUCU